AUGGUGUCGGCAUGUUUGCAUCAGCCACCCAACUUUGGCUGCUAUUUGCUUAACCAAAAAUCAAACCAAAGGAAAUCAACAUGGAGAUUGACUCAGACCUACCGGAUCCGUCAUUUAAAUAUUGGCCAGGCCGGCACACAGCUUGGUAACGCUGCCUGGGAACUAUAUCUACUUGAACACGGUCCGAAGCCGGAUGAAUUUAUUGAUCCCGAUGUAACCAACCAGGAUGCAAAAUGCGGAUCUAACGAGACGUUCUUUACUAAAACCUCUGGCGGCAAAUCUGUUCCCCGUUCCAUCUUCGUCGACCUUGACCCAUUGAACUGCCAUUCCUUACAGGGCUUCUUGACCUUUCACUCCUUUGGUGGUGGUACAGGGUCUGGGUUUGGUUCACUAUUGUUGGAUCAUCUGACCAUCACGUAUGGGCGCAAGUCUAAGCUGGGAUUCUCAAUCUAUCCUUCCCCACGUACAUCCAAUGCGGUGGUGGAGCCACACAAUGCCGUCCUCUCAACCCACAGCACCAUUGAGAAUUCCGACUGUACCUUCCUAGUUGACAACGAUGCUGUGUACGAUAUCUGCCGACGCAACCUGGAUAUGAACACUUCUACCGUCUGA